GAUGCUUCCGAGGGAUCUGGAGAUGGUAGCCUGUCGAACCCGCUCAAGAGGCUCGAGUUGUCUUGUCGCAGGGUCGUCGCAUUGUGUUUACAGUCCCAAGAUUGGCAAGGGCCCUACACCCCUCCCGAACAACUUUGCGAGCUCGAGUACAGCAUGCUUGAAAUGCACCGGUGUUUGCAGUCGUACCUGCGCGACCUUCCCGACCUGCCACCCUCGACCCCCCGACAAGCCAAUCUCCAAGACGAAGCCGAUGUCGACACCAUGACCGACAUGUUCCAGGCUGCUCAACGAAUUACCGACGAAAGUGACGCUGGAGAUGACGAGGCUGCGCAUCGCCGCCAGGAGGCAGCAAAGGCAGCCAUCUAGAAGAUGGACGCAUGCAUCCACAUCCCCGACGAGUGGCAACUCCACUCCAUCUCUGACCAGGGACUUGGGUUUCUCGCUGCUCUCCGUAGCCGAGAAGGUCUGGCGCAGAUAUUCAACGUUCUUAAAGUUGUACGAGAGAUGGAGCAAACGAAAGCAUGCCAGGGAGGACUGCAACCCCACCCCUCCAUGCCCCCGGUUGGCCCCCAACAGCAGGACGAUUUCGACGUGAAGACAUGGGAAGAUCGCGUUUCGAGAGUCAUCAGACUCAUCCAGAACUUGGAGGGCAACAACAUCGCCUACACCUUGAUGAAGAGGUUUAGCGAGAUAGGGCUGUGGUCAGAAUUUUACAUGCUGCUUCAUCCCUCUGGCCAGUCGGGCCCCGACAAGAAAAGGAUGCGAUUGAAUAAGGAUGUUUUGAGCAAGGUGGCAUCCCGUCUCGGCUGGGAUAAGAAAAAGGUCCACCAUCACAAGGGCAUGGGUCAGAAGACCAUAGUGAUUUGCGGUGGACAUCCAGGCCUGGCGGCCAUGCUGCCGCUGGCAUCUGAUGGCAUUUUUGGAGUCACCCCAAGGGAUUCCAUUCGGUCGACCAAGAACGCCGAUGCCAGGGUCAUCGGUAGGCUUAUGCAGGACAGCUGGGCGAGGAAGGCAUGCGCCCUCGGCCGGGCCCUGGAACUCGCACUCCUACCCAACCCGACGCUCGAUGGCAAGCUGGAAGAGCUUGCACGAUUGGAAGUUGACUGGGCCAAUAUGGGCAAGGAGCGGCUGAUGGGCAUUCUUGAUGAGUGGGGCGUGGAGGAAUGCGACUGUAAAUUAUGAGUUACCGAUUGUGUCGGAGCAGAAGUAUUUGGAUCCCAAGCCAUAUCCUGAGAUUCCAUGCUCUCUAUCAAUCUCAAGCUAGAGAGUAGCGCUUCGCAAGCGCACACCUUGUCCGUCAACUUGGUGAUGAAUCGCUUGACGGUAAAACUCGUUAUUCAUUCCUACUACAAGUAGCCGCCAAUUCAACAUCCUCUUCAAUUAACUUCAUCGUUAUCCUUAGGGUUGUACAUCACACACCCGCAGCCUUCUCCUUGACAGGCAGCCUGCCAUACGGCUUUCUCCACACCUACUCUCCUCUCCCUUGUCAACUAUCCAGGCUCCAACGAGUUCAUUUCAUCGCUUUAUGCGGCAAAGCAUCUCUCCGGUCACAAGGAUGGAUAUAUAGUAAAGCCUCCCUUUUCCC